CCGUGCGCGGCCGGAAGCGGAAGUGAGUGCGCUGGAAAUCAUGGUGCCGCUGGGGCGGGGAAGGAGCUGCCGCCGCCGCCGGGAGCUGGAUGAGUCGCUAAGGUGCACGGUGUCGCCCUGAGAAGCGCUGAGCCAUGGGGGAGAACAGCCCUGAAGGCAACGUUAUCUACUAUGAAGUAGAGGAAGACGAUUUAACCCAGGACGAUAAUAUGAUGAGGUUUGCCGAUAAAAACGGGCUGGUUUCUUCGUCAUCCGGGACGGUGUAUGACAGGACGACUGUUCUCAUAGAACAGGACCACAGUGUGUUGGAAGACGAUGAGGAUGAAGGACAAUGUGGUGAUCACUUGCCUUUUUUGCCAGAGGGUCACGAAGAAGGAUUUCAUUUAAUAGCAGAUCAUGAAGGAAUGUCCCAGGGUUAUGUGCAACACAUUAUUUCUCCAGAUCAGAUUCACCUAACAAUAAAUCCUGGUUCGACUCCUAUGCCAAGAAAUAUUGAAGGAGCAACGCUCACUUUGCAGUCUGAAUGCCCAGAAACGAAGCUUAAAGAAGUGAAGCGAUAUCAGUGCACCUUUGAGGGCUGCCCACGCACCUACAGCACUGCCGGCAACCUGCGCACUCACCAGAAGACUCACCGUGGGGAGUACACUUUUGUCUGCAAUCAAGAGGGCUGUGGCAAGGCCUUUCUUACCUCCUACAGCCUCAAAAUCCACGUUCGAGUGCACACUAAGGAAAAGCCUUUUGAAUGUGAUGUGCAGGGCUGUGAGAAGGCGUUCAACACCCUGUACAGGUUGAAAGCACAUCAGAGGCUUCACACGGGGAAAACGUUCAACUGUGAAUCGGAAGGCUGCAGUAAAUACUUCACCACGCACAGCGACCUUAGGAAGCACAUCCGGACACACACAGGAGAAAAGCCAUUUAGGUGUGAGCAUGAUGGCUGUGGGAAAGCUUUUGCUGCAAGCCACCACCUUAAAACACACGUCAGGACACAUACUGGGGAGAAACCUUUCUUCUGUCCCAGUAAUGGCUGCGAGAAGACUUUCAGUACCCAGUACAGUCUCAAGAGUCACAUGAAAGGUCACGAGAAAGGACAGUCCUAUAAUGCACUUCCCAAUAACAACGUGUCUGAGGAUACAAGCCACUCACUUUGUCUGAGUGACCUGAGCCUCAUUUCAACAGAUUCUGAGCUGCGGGAGAACUCCAAUACAACACAUGGACAAGACCUUAGCACAAUCUCACCAGCAAGCAUCUUCGAGUCGAUAUUCCAGAGCCCAGACCCUGCAGGCCAGGACGACUCGCAGCAGACAGCUGCCUUGAUGGAAGGUUUUAAUGGUGACACGGACUCGGUCUCUGCUGCUCCACCAUCUGCAGGAGACUCAGCGUCCUUGUCUCUUCCACUGGUCCUGCAGCUUGGCAUCUCUGAGCCUUCCCACUCAGCACUACAAGCCUCAGCAGCCCCUGCUGCUCCCUCCUCCAUAGGAACCAGCUCACAGCAAGCUGCAUUUGGAAAUCCUGCAACUGUUUUACAGUCCCCAGAAGUGCCUGUUCCUCACAGCACACAGUUUGCAGCCAGUCACCAAGACUUCCUGCAGCCCCCACCGCAGCCCCCGCCGCAGCCCAUGGUGCAAGGACUUUCAGUGGUGGCUGGGGCACCUGCCCCGGCAGCGCCUGGUGCUGCUGAGCCCCUGCCAGCUAUGGUUCAGACUGUGCCUGUUGGUGCAAACCCUGUUCUGACCAGUAACCCGACCAUAACCAUUACUCCUUCCCAGAGCACUGCUAUCCUGCAGUCCAGCAUUGUCAUGGGAGAGCAGAACUUGCAAUGGAUCUUAAACGGUGCCACUGGUUCCCCACAAAGCCAAGAACAAAUGCCACAAGUUCCAAAAGUAGUGGAAAAGGUUUUUUUUACCACCGCAUUACCAGUAGCUGGCAGCACAGGAAGCCCUGUUCAGCAGAUUGGUCUCAGUGUUCCUGUCAUUAUUAUCAAGCAGGAGGAGGCCUGCCAGUGUCAGUGUGCCUGCCGAGACUCUGCCAAGGACAAAGCCACUGUUAAGAAGGAAUGUUCUUCACCUGAUUCUAAAGCUUUGGAGCAGCCAGCUCCCCAGCUGCAGCCUCAGACCUUCCCUUCCCCUUCUCCUUCGUGUGGGCAGAGCAGUCAGAUAGUGACCCCUUCAGACUCGCAGACUGAAACGUUAAGUGCCAUGGAUGUCUCAGACUUCCUGUCCCUCCAGAGCCCUGACACUCCCUCUAACAUAAUUCCAAUCGAAGCACUACUGCAGGGUGAGGAAGAAAUUGGUUUGAAUAGCAGCUUCUCCAAGUGAAGAUGUUCCAGAUUUCCUUUUGCACCUGGAGGGUAAAACCCCUUCUCCUUAGAAGCAGAAACUGAAGGAUCGAUUCUUUCUUUGUUUUUUAGCUCCCUCUUUGGAAGUUUUUGUGGCUUAUUUCUGCUUCACAGAUGUCAUCUUAGUCACGUCCCAGGUACAUCCAUCUUUGAGAAUCUAUCUUAAAAAAAAGGUAAAAAAAAAAGGAAAAAAAAAAAGCUAAGUUAUAUAUGAACUGUUUUGGCUGCACUGUCUGUCACUUUUGCUUGUCAUAUGUGAACACAGAAGUUAAAAAGUUACUUGUGUGCAAAAAAAAAUGAUUUUUAAAAAGAAAAAGGGGGGGUUAGUUUGUCUCCAAUUGCACAUCACUUAAUGUUUGGGUUAAAGGUACUGGCAGCAAGUGGGUCUUUGUUACAACUCCUUGGGUCUGUGAUUUUUCUCUGUCUCUUAUGUCUGAUGCUAACCAUGCACUACGAGGGGAGCCUGGGAGAGGACUUUGCUGUGGUAGGAGCUGACAUUACUGUAGCAGAUGGUUUAUCUGCAGUUGAAUUGAAAUGGAAUUGUCACGUCACUGAGUAGUGGGAGCUGAUGUUGAGGUUUGCUUUGUGCUAAUGCUGUUACUGAAGCCUACAGAAGCUUUUUGGGGAGUCCUUUCAGGAGAGCACAAGUGCCUUGUGUUCCUGACAGCACAAGUUUCUUGUGUUCAUUUAAUUUCAUUAGGACUUAGGAGUGUGGUGGCAAACCCUGUUUCACAGCAUGGAAACACAGCUGGAGCCCUGGCUUCCUUAGGCUUAGGAGCUUGUCUGCUUCUCUUUGGAAGGGUGCAGUGAGUCCCAGGGGUAGGCAGCUUGGUGUCUGCUGCUCUUCUGAUUCGUUUGGCUCUGUUCAGAAACAAGUCACCCUCUUAACUCCUGCGACUGUUUCAAUCAGGAGCACGGUGCCUUUGCUGGUUACUCUCAUCUUUUGUCAAGAGCAGCUCUAGGGAAAUGUUCAGAAUGAUUCAAUUCCGUUUGAAUUCAGUGAGUCUCUCCUUCAGCUGUCCAGAAAUGCUUCCUUUUUUUUUUCCUGUUAAACUGUAUCAUUUCUGCCUCCACCCUACUGCAAUGCCAGCUUUUUGUGCACGGGGCUAUUUCUUGACUAAAAGAUGUUACACAACAUAGUAGUUUUUUCUUUCAUAUCAAACUGAGAGUCUCUAUUCUAACCUACUCAGGGUAAAUAAAACACAACCCCCUCUCCCCUUCCACCAAAAAGCCUGUAAUGUUGCAAUAAAUGCAGUCUCAUUCUAAAUGGUUUAUUUAUGCUGCAUUAUUUUAAAAGAUGUAAUUUUAUAGUGUUUUAUCCAUCUUUCUGGCUUUGGCUGUCAGUCUCUUAUGUUAAAAGAAAGAAUAUUAAAUAGUCUUUAUUCAGUUUACAGUGUUGUCAUUAGUGAGAUGCAAAGCUAACGACUGUAGAGCCAAUUAGCCUGGAGUCUCUCUCUGUGCGCCAGGUUUAGCAACUCAGACUCCAGUGGGUAGAGAUGUGUCCCUGGGUGUUUGAUCAGAGCUGCCCUCUCUACCUGCUGGAGGGAGUGGCAGGAGUGCAACCAGCCCCCCAGGGUGACCAGCAGCCUUACCAACACUGUUGUCACGUCCCAGCUGGGACAGUGGCUUUGGCCAUCUCCUGCUGUUCCCUUGUGAGUGCGCUGCGGUGGCACAGCUGGGAGCAGGCUGCAGGAAGAUGGUUUUUCACCUCUGUCAGCUGGCUGCCAGCUGCCCAGAGCAGCAGGGCAAAAUCCUACCCUGUUGGGGUGGGUGUGUGUGAGGAGAGGCCAUGCAGAGGAUGCUGUGUCUCUGCCAGGGCAGAGUGCUCCAUUUGGUAAUUGUGGUGAGGAUUGCGGUGAGAGCUUGGUGGCAGCAGCUGAGCUGGAAACAGGCUGAUUGUGUUCCCUUGCUACUUGUGUUUCCUCUGGGGGUGUGUUGGUGUGUGGUGCAGUGCUGUCCCAGCGGGGAGGUGGGCCCUGCACCCCGAAAAGCAGAUUAAUGAAGUGGUUUGUGUUUUGGCCCUGCAGUGGUGAUCCCUGCAGAGGGCAGAGAAAUGGUGGCCUCCUUUGGUUUUCUCCUUCAUUUUGUGCUGCAGUUUGGUUGCAGAGCAGCAAGAACUGCCUUGAACACAAAAGAAAUUGUCUCAAGCCUGUGUGGCUGGGAUUGUCCUGGUGGGAUGAUUCCUUUGCGAGCUCUGGUAGAGCUCUGCUUCAGAGGAGUGUGAGUGGUGCCUGGAACCAUGGGGGUUCCCCUGAAGCAGAGCUCACUGCAAGAGGCCUCACAGCCUUCUCAUAGCACAGCAUGACAGUGAUGGUUGAGGUUCAGAGGGUUUAUGAGUGUGAGAUUCUGCUAGUGCAGGAGCAUGCAGAUCCCCCUGUAGUGCUGGGGUUUUCUCUGAUGGGAUGAGGGUACCAGACGAGAUGAAAUGGUGACAGCUGGGGGAUUUAGCAACCUCUGCAGAGCCAUGCUGUCCUUCAGGGAGAUGUUUUUCAGUGUUAGUUUUGCUACUUGUGACUUAGUCCAGGUAAAACAAGCUUCUGGUUGUGGCAGGUAGCAUCUUUAGAAUACUCCUUUGUGAUACAAAUUAGUAGAAGUUUCUGCCACAGGCUUUAGAAGCUGGCCUGGGAGCACAGCGAUGGGCAGCAGGGUGGUGCUGCAGGUGUCCUACCAGAGCACAUGCCAGAGGAUAACCUCUGUUGUUUUCUGAUGGUGUGCUCCAAGUUUAAUUGUCACUUUUAGGUCUGUAGGGUUUGUUGUUAACCUCUUGCAUGUGCAUCUGACAGGCUGCAAUUUAGAUGAAACUAAUUAGAGCUGGUAAGGAGGUCAGAGGAGUGUGGCUGAAGGCACAGGCUGCUGCAUCACAAACCACACAUUCCACCCCACUGUGCUGUACAGAUGUGUGCUUUUGCUGUCCAGCUGUUGGUCUGCUUCCCAGAGUGUUCCAUGCUGCAUGUCUGGCAGGGGACAUUUCAUCAUCCCUGAGGCUGCUGGGGUGGCUGUGAAUACACUGGGAUGGGAAAGAUCCCCGAGUGGCUGGUAAGGGAUGGCAGUCACAGCAAAGCCCUGGGAUUUCUCAGUGGCAGGGAGCUUUGUGUCCUCUCCCCCUUGCUACCCCAGCAUCUAGAACAUUCACAAUAGCAUCUUUAGUAAAGGGGAGCUUCCUCUGUUGCAGAUGUGGGAUUCACAGAAAGAGCCUCUGAGAACUAUCUGCCCUUCCUCUUCAAAGCCUCCACGUCAUGAAGCCCUUUAGUUAUCAAUCAGACAGCAAAGCUGCUCUGCUCUGGGUCAUUCUGUGUUAAAAGUGUUGUUGUUUUGUGGCUCAUGGGGAUUUGCUUGGUUACCUGUGCUGUCUAGACAGGGGUGCAGAAGCUCGAAGGUGUAGAAUGGAUCAAAUUACCAACAUGAGUAGCUCUGGUCACCACACAGUGAUUUGACAUGCAGUUAGAGGCUGUAGAAGUUGCUUCUCAUGCUCGUAGGUGGUAGAGGGCUGGGAGAUCAGCACUGUUUGAAUGCUGGUACUGAAUUCUAUAGAACAAAGUACGAACUGGGCACUUGUGUCAUGCUGACUGUGUCCAGACUAGUUUGCAGAACCUCAUACUGAUAUCUAAAAUGCACUUUAGGUUAUUUUGUCUUUAACCCAAUUGCUGCAAUUUCUUUUGUAUAUACUUUCACAAAGUUUAUUUUUGCUCUGAGUAAAAGUUAACAGGGGUGUGCAAAGAUGAGCACUUAACUUGGUGCAAUACUUGUAGCUGGAGAUCAUUGUCCCACGUGGUCUGUCUGUGUCUGUCGCUGGAGUAGAUGUAGUCAGUAGCUCAGUGAUGUCCUGCCCCUCCCUGUCUGACCCCAGAGAAAUUAUGCACCAUUAGCAAACGUCCAAUCUAUGCAAAUACUCCUGAGAGCACUGUGCUUUGCAGCCUUUUCUCUCAUGCUUUCUGGGGGGCUGCUUGUCACUUCUGUUGGAUGCGGCCAAGGUUCUGGUCUCUGUCUCCCUUCUCCCUUGUCCUCUGUUCUGCUCUGCCACGCCAGUACCAACAGAAGUGACAAGUGGUUCUGAAACAGGCAUGUUGCACCUUUGAAAUUUCUCUUUGAGAUCGUUCUUGAUGUCGUUACCUGCCUUACUUCACGGGGGAUGGUGCUCCUGCAGCCAUCUGGGGUGUUGUGUUUGCAGUGGCAGCAGCAUUGUUAAACUGUUUACAGAACUCUGCCUGUGCUGGCUGUAAAUGCAGCUUGGUUGGCCUGGGGGGGCUGCUGGGGAGAUGAGUUAAAGGGGUAAUUUGUCUUGGACUUGACUGGAGCUGAAAAGCUGUUCCUGAUUUGGGGGGAGCAUGGCUGGCAGCUGAAAAGAGAGGCAGCCAGGUCCAUGGUGUAGAGGACAUUCUGGUGUCACCUUGAUUCUGCUGCUCACUGGCCAAGAGACCUCGGGCAAGUCACUUGACCUCUCCGUGCCUUGGUUCCUCCCUAUGAAAUGAGGACAAUGAACUUGUCUUUAUCAACUGCUCCGUGAUGCACGGGUGGGACGUCCUUGGCACUGGUGAUCUGAGGUAGCUGGGCAGAGCUGCUCGAGUCAGUUUGGGCUGUAAGGCAAAAAGAAACCCAACCAGAAAGAUAUCUUUAAGAGACCCUGUGAGUUCUGAUCACGAGUUUCUAAUUGCAAACUGUUUUUUGUUCCAUAACACAUUUUGGAAACAACAUCCAACCCAUUUUUUUUUAAUACCUGUUACCUAUAGUUGAUACUCAUGGACAGGGCUGAACUUUGAACCUUUUUUGUGUCUUUGUCUUUUAAGCUGUCCUCUGUCCUAGAAGUUGGAUUCUGUCUGCACUGAGAAAUGCAAAUUAAACUGGAUAUUUAUGUAGUGGUGUGUUCAGAGUCUGUGUGCGUUCUUGGGACUGGCGUAACAAUCCCACACCACGCCCUCGCUGGUGUGCAAGCUGGCCAAAAUUUGGUUCAUUAUGCAGUGUACACUUUCAACUAAAUGCAGUUUCUACUUUUUCUUACAUUUUUUUCACAAGAUCUUUUUCAGCAGAACCAAGGGUAUGGUGGUUUUGUUUUUCAGUCCCCCAGUCACAGGAGUUGGUGUUCCUUGCUGUGUAGCUUUGUGCCCUUUGCUCGCUUGCUGACCCAGAGCUGUCUGGCCCUAGUUCUGGAGAGGUGGAGUUGUGGUUGUGUGACGGAGCAGCAGCAGGCAGGGACCUGCAGGCCUGAGCCUUGGGUGGGGUUUGGGUUGUCCCCAGUGCUGGUGGCUGUGGGUGCCAGCCUGGGAAGUGCAGGAGAGCUGCGAGUGGUGCCCGCUGGUGCCGUGUCGUGUGGGCAUGCAUGGGGAACUGGGCAGUGGAGAUGCCAAAAGAGCCCCAGUUUUACAAGAAUGUGUGUGUGAUGUUCAAAGGAAUUUAUUUAACUAUGAAACAUGGGAACAAAUGUGCUUACAUUGAGCAAUGUGAAGUUGUUAGUUACCCGUACAGUACUUCCAAAGGAAGAGCAUCUCCAAAACCCCAAAAAAGAGAAAAAGAAGAAAAAAAAAAAAAAAGAAGUAAAUAUGAAUUUGUAUUUUUUUGAAGAAUGUAAAAUGUGAAAUAAUGGUGUUUGCUUAAUUGCUCAUUUUGUAUGGAGUUAAUAUUGUACUUUGAAAUAUCUGCAAAGAAGUGGAAAUUAUUAACUUUUUUUGGAAUUGAAAGCAAUAUUAAUACUAAUGGAAUCCUAAUUAAAUGCUUAUUUAAA